AAAUGGAAAUAUGAAACCAAUUUUGUAUUAGUCAAUAGCCAUUCUUAAAUAUAAUUAUUUUUUUUAAACUUUCAAAUAAUAUACGCUUUCAUAGAAUUUUAACAUUAUGAACUUUGUUUUUAUCAGAACCCCGAACACUAUAUUAUAUUGUCAUGGAGUUAAAAGAACAUGGUUAAGGGUAGUAAAUAGAAUUUUCGAAAAUCCAGAAGGUAAUAACAAUUAAAUCUUUGCACGAAUAUUUUUUUAUUUUUACACAAAUAAUAUUACAUUAACAGCAUACCAAUUUCAUUAAAUUAAAUAGUACUUAUUAGGUUUUUGUUAUUAUACUUGCAUUUUUGUAUCUCUGUCAUAACGUUUCUUUGUUUGUUCAAAAUUAUUAGUAAAGUAUCAAUCAUAAUGUUCAUUUUUAACAUUCAAUUUUAACCAAUUACUAUCUUUAAAUGUGUGAUAAUAGCAAAUAAUAACUACAAUAAAAUCUCUUAAUUAAUAAAUCCAAAUACAUCGAGUUGUAAUAAUAACUUAUCAACAAUGCAUAAAUAACUUAGGUACUGAGCUUUGACAUUUUUUAAAACCUUAUAGAUAUAACAUUAUAAUAAGUAAUAAAAUGUUCCUAUUUACAUUUACUAAAGAAAAAUAAAUAAUAAACAAUGAAUUAUAAUUUUGAUUUUGAUGUUUUUGGUAGGUAACCUACACUAGUUAUAAAAUACAGUCGAUCAAAAUUGGUAUUAAUUCUAAAAUCUUAUUAAAUAUGCAGGUGUAGUUUGUUGAUUAUCGUUUAAUACUAUAGAUAACAAAUAAUCUUUAACUACUUAUAAAUAUGUAAUAACACAUAAAAUUUGUUUUAUUUGAUUACCUGGCGAUAAUUUUUAAAUCGAAACCUAUCAUAAAACAAAUUAAAAUUGAAAUAUUCCAGGUUAUGUUUUAUUUUAUUGUAUAUUUUUACAUAUUUAUAAUUUAUUUUAUAAUACUUAAAUAUAAAUCUUCUAUUAAAUACAUAAUUAUACCUACCUAUUUUAAUACAUUUUUAUAUUAUUGCCAAAUUACUAUUAAACUCAUAUUUGUAUUUGCACUAUAUACUCAAAGUAAAUAAAAUAAAAGAUAAUAAUAAUUUAAGUAAGACAAUAAUGUCUAUUUAUUUGUUUAUCAUUAUUUAGGAAAUAAAUUCUUAUACCUGCAAAAUAAAAAUAAAAAUAAUAGAAGUGUCCAGUAGAUUAAAUCAAAAAUGUAUAUAUAUUAUAGACUAAAAUUUUUGAGUAUACAUUUUUCUAUGCUCAAUGUCAAUAUUAUUAUUAAUAAAUUAUGCAAUAACAUAUUUGUAGGACAUUUUCUAUAUCAUUGUUAUGGACUUCACAUAUGUCUGGAAGAGAGAUGACACAAUUGAUGCAGCUCCACCCAUGGUUACAAUGCAGGUAAGCAGAUAACCUUUAGUAAUUGAGAACAUCUGUGAAAAAGUAAAAGCUCAUCAAAAACAAAUGCCAUUGCUGUCUAUUAGAUCCAUGGAACUGUUAUUGCACAUCCAUAAGAAUAUACCCAACAAGUAAAUACAUUUAAAUAUUAACCAUUAAAUAACAUAUUAUACCAAAUUUGGUCUAAAAUAUUUAUAUUAAAAGUUCUAGGGAAUUCUUUCACCGCAAGGAUCACAACAUUACCUGUGUGCACAUGGAUAAAGAACAUUGAUGACUUCACCAACUUCAUCUCUAUGCCCCAAACAAACAAAACAACAAACAUGUUUUUCACCUGUUAAAGUAGAAAAUAAAUAAUAUGUUUAAAUAAUAAAAAAACUGAUACUGGAGAAAAAUGGAAAAUAGUUUUAAAAUAAAGUUUAAACAAUUCUAUAAUGCUUAAAAAGAGCCGAUACCUUGCUCAUCCCAAUCCAUAGUUUAAAUAGUAACCUAAGUUAAUGUGAACCAGUCCUAAGAAGGGAAAAACAGAAUUUCAACAUUAUUUAUUGUAUUUUCUUUAAUAAACGAUGGAAGCAGUAGGUAGGUAUUAUGAAAACAGAGCCCUCACUAUUAUCAGAAAAAAAUAGAGCUGAUACUAAGGACAGUUGAGGCUACUGUUGUAGGUAGGUAAUUAGGAAGGUGAGAUACAUAAAGUUAUAUAAUUUAUAUCUAUAACCAAUAAUAAACCAUUGGUAACAUAGUCAAAUUUGGUUGUACAUGUUUGGAAAGGCUAAGGGAUGGGUUAGAUUUUAAAAUUAUAAAGAAAAACUUCAUUACAUUUUUUUUUUUUUUUUUUUUUUUUUUACCACUAAAUACAAUUUAUAAUGUCAAAUUAUCAAGCAUUUAUGUUUACUCUAACAAUUUUAUCCACAGAGUAGAUACCUAACAAAUACAAAUUAAGUAAAAUAAACUUGCAAAAUUAAAAUGUCUAAAAAUAGCUUAAACGUUUUAAAUAUUUUACUAUAUCUAAAAAAAGAAAAUAUUAAAUUUUUCUGUCAAAAUGUCAAAUCUGAAUGUUUUUAACUGAAGAAAAUUAAAAAACAAAAUUAAAAAUAAUAAAUAUAUUAUAUUUGUAAAUUGUCCUGGUGUUUAUAUGUAUUUUCGGUUUUUUUGGUAUUGCUUAAUUAUUAAAAAUCAACAAAGAAAAUCAUUUACUUUCUUAAUCACAAACUAGAUAAAACAAACUCAGCAAAAAAGGUAUCUUAUUGUUUUUCUAUUGGACCAAAAUUUUUAACAAAAAACAUAAACUGUAAAAAUUUAAAAUAAAUUAAUUCUAACACCAUAGAAUUAAUCAUUUUCCAUUUUACCUCGUUUUCUAGUUUUUCUCAAUUAUUACAAAAACUACCAAGAAAAUAAAAAACAAAUAACUUACUUGAGAACUUGAUUUUAUAACAAAAAAAACUUGUCCUUUUUCUAUUGAAACAAUAUUAGAAAACAUAUUUUGCAAAAAUUAAAAUAAUUAAACCCGGUCACCAUGUUACUGUAUAUAUCUACAUUUUAUCCACAAUUUUCUUUCAGGUUAUUUAUCCAGUUAUUUUUAAAACCCCUUAGAAAAUCAAAAUAUGCACUAACUAGAUAAAAUUAUCUUUUGGAAAAAAUAUAUUCUUUACAUUGGAGCAAGAUUUUCGGUAGAAAUGUGUUUCAGGGACAAAAAAAAUGUAAAACCAAAAGAUCCCUUACUACACUGGGAAGGCAUGUCUCCAAUUUUUUUUUUUCUGAUCAAUCAACUGGAUUGUUUGCCUGUUAGUUGAAAUUAAUAUUAAAACAAUCCAUUUUUCGUACUUAAAUAAGUGUAGAAGUAAUUCCACCUUCAGUCAUAUAAUACAAUUUAUACUAUAUAAUUAUACUUAACCUUAAUACCAAAAUUUAGUAAUAGUGUACAGUAAUUUUUUUCAUAGAUAGAGUUUUUUUAAAUUUUGUCAUCUGGGGAUUUUUAUUCCUUUAUAAGUAU